CACACACACACACACACACAAACACACACACACACACACCGCAGCUCCACGCGUGGAUCCUGGAACCAAACUCCUCACUUCAACUUCUGCUGAACUCCAGACAACCUGAUCCAGAUCCAGAUCCUGAUCCAGACCCAGAUCCAGAUCCAGAUCCAGACCCAGAUCCAGAUCCAGAUCCAGAUCCAGACCUCCUCCUUCAGUCUGAGCCGGACCCGAACCCGUCCGGGCAGAACCAUGCGGGGCUCCCGGGCUGUGCUGGCCGUGUUUGCGGUGCUCUCGGUCGGACUGAGGAGCUCCGGAGCUCCGGGAGAGCUGCGGGGAGCCGCGGCCGGGAACCGGAGCUCCGGACCGGGUCGGACCACCUGUCCGGACCGGUGCCGCUGUGAGGAGGACGGGCUGCGGCACCGGACGGACUGCUCGGACCUGGGGCUCCGGGAGGUUCCGAACGACCUGAGCGUCUUCACGUCUUUCCUCGUUUGGCGGGAAACCAUCUGUCCUUCAUCCCCAGAGGAGCGUUCGACGGCCUCUACAACCUGAAAGUUCUGAUGCUGCAGAACAACCAGCUGAAAUCAGUUCCUGCUGAAGUCUUCAACACGCUCCACAACCUGCAGUCACUGGAGGAAGUGGUGGAUGAACAUGGAGGAACCAACAUCCACACCAACAUCUACACCAGUGUCCACUCCUACAUCCACACCAUCUACACCAACAUCUAUGCCAACGUCCACUCCUACGUCCACACCAACGUCCACUCCUAUGUCCACACCGUCUACACUAACAUCUACACCAGUGAUGUCCAAACCAACAUCUACACCAACGUCUACACCAAUGUCUAUGCCAACGUCUACACCAACGUCUACACCAACGUCUUCACCAAUGUCUAUGCCAACUUCCACUCUUACGUCCACACCAAUGUCCACACCAAUGUCCACUCCUACGUCCACACCUUUUUCUGUUUUGUCCCCCUCAGAGAUCUGAACUACAACAGCCUGGUGGAGUUUCCCUCAGCCGUCCGCUCCCUCAGCCACCUGAAGGAGCUUGGUUUCCACAGCAACAACAUCCAGUCCAUUCCAGAGCACGCCUUCACUGGGAACCCAUCCCUGAUCUCCAUUUUUUUUUACAACAAUCCGAUCCAGUCUGUUGGACGCUCGGCCUUUCAGAACCUGCCGGAGCUCCGGACUCUAUCUCUGAACGGAGCUGCAAACCUCACUGACUUUCCAGAUCUGACGGGAACCAAAAGUCUGGAGAGCCUAACCAUCACUGAAGCUCGGAUCACUUAUCUGCCUGCCUCCAUGUGUGAUCAGCUUCCAAACCUGCAGCUGCUGGACCUCUCUUUUAAUCGGAUCCAGAUCGUCCCGAGCUUCUCCGGCUGCGAGAACAUCCAGAAGAUGGCAGGGCCGUUCCAUCCCUGCCUGCGUCUCCUCGGCAGCUGGAUGAUCCGAGGCGGGGUGUGGCUCAUGGCGGCCGUCUCAUUGGUCGGCAACAGCCUGGUCAUCCUGAUCGUCUUCUUCUCUCCGGCCAGCUCGGCCACGCCCCCCAAGCUGCUGAUUGGCCUGCUGGCUGUGGUGAACGGCCUGACGGGAGUGUGGGGCGGCUGGCUGGCGGCGCUGGAUGCCUGGACCUUCGGCAGCUUCUGGAGGUUCGUGGCGAGGUGGGAGAGCAGCUUCCUGUGUCGCCUCAGCGGCUUCCUGUGCGUGUUUGCGUCUCAGACGGGACUCUUCCUGCUGACGCUGGCGGCGUUGGAGCGAUGCCUGGCAGCCAACGGCGCGGCGAGAAGCAAUAAGAACGACGGCAGAAACGGUCGCUCCUCCUCGCCGCUCGUCCUCCGUCUGUCCGUCGGUCUGUGCUUCCUGCUCGGCGGCGCCGUCACGCUGCCGCCGCUGAUGGACGGGCGCGGCAGCACCUCCUUCUGUUUACCCCUGCCUUCCUCCUCCUCCUCUUCCUCAGGGGCUUUCUCCGUCUCCCUGGUGCUCUUCGACUCACUCUGUUUCCUCGCCAUGACGCUCGCCUACAUUCACCUUUACUGCCGUGCCAACAAAGCUCCGCCCCCUUCAGAAGAGGAGGCAGCGCUGACCCGUCACGUCACCUGGCUGCUCUUUGCCGACUGCCUCCUCUUCCUCCCCGUGGCCUUCCUCUCCUUCUCCUCCCUGCUGAGGCUGCACGUCGCUGGGCCGGAGGCGGCGAAGGGGGUGCUGCUGYUGGUGGCGCCGCUCCCCGCCUGCGUCAACCCGCUGCUCUACCUGCUCUUCAGCCCGCUCGCCAGGGAGGAGCUGCUGGCGCUCAGCAGGUGCACCUGCGUGGAGGCGGGGCCUCUGACGCCACGACGAAGACGAGCGGCCGAAGGACGGCAGCUGGGUUCUACGGACGACGACGACGUGGAGAAACAGUCGUGUGACUCGACGCAGGCGCUGGUGGGGGUCGGAGGCGGGAAGGAAGAAGGGGAGGGGGCGGGGCCAGGAAGAGGAGGGAGCAAGACGCAACAGUCGAGGGCGUUUGUCGCCAAACGUCUCUGAGCAAAUUCAGAAAACACAAACAAGGCUUCGAUUUAUGGGAUCAAUUUAGUGCCAACAGGAAGUGAAUCUAAAUGUGUAUAAUCUGAAACUGCACGCAUUGGUUUGAAAAUAAAUUUUACUAAAUUGAAACUGAA